AUGAACAGCAACCAUUUACCUCAAACAGGUGUUAUCAAUCUAAGACCAAGCAAUAACAGAUCAGAUAUUACAUGUCCUUGGUGUCCUGAAGAUACAAGACAAAUUUCUUCGACUGCUUUUGCGAAGCACGUUUCCAGAAAACACCCAAAUGAAUUAGGAUCCGAUACGUAUUGCAAAUUUCGCGACUGGAGACAAACCAGAAGAGCUAGUCGGUUUUCUACGGAAGAUGCUGAAUCUAUUUCAAUCAACUCUCCUUUGUCUUUUGGAAGUAAUGACUUAAUGGCGCACUACUACACUGUUAAUCCCAACGCUAAUGAGGAUUCAGACGAUGAAAAUUUUGAUGAAAGUCCUCCUGCAGAACGAGAAAAUCUUGACAUGCUAGACAAUGAUGUGUACAGUUCUGAUGAAGAGGAUGGGGACAAUGAUAACUCUUUGAACGAUAUCACCGAGAGUUACAUGAUGAACAUGAUUCUCCCCAUUUCUCGUAAUUUUGAGCAACAAUCCGAAGGCUCGCCAUCUGAAACGGCUCAAGAAGAUCUGGAUAGAUUGAACUAUGCGAGAAGUCAUAUGGAACAGAGGGAUCAUCUACCUGAUAUGCCUAAUCCAUUUAUAUCUACUGUAGAAGGUCUUCUUCAUGCGUUUUUUUAUGGUGAUGAAGAUCUUUGUUCUGAAAGGAUGGUGAAGAAGAUUCUUUAUCUCUUAAAAAGUUUGUUGAAGUUGCAAGAAGCGUCGGCGACCACCUUGGUGCUUCCAAAGCCUGACAGGAUCUACAACUUGCACAAAAGGCUCAAGACAAAGGUCCCAGUUUUCGAGCCAGUAGAGCAUAGGGCAAAGAACAAGAAGGGUGAAUUGAAAUCCUUUUUCAUGAACCCGCCCUCCGAGUUUCUGAAACACUUGGCAGCAACACCGAACAUGAUCAAGGAGAUGUCAACUUUGCCUGACUUUACGGUAGACCGAUGCAUGGAUCUAAAUCAUGGUGAAAAAUGGAGAGAGCAUCAAAACUUUCAAACACCAAUGCUUACCAAUGGCAAUAAAGAUUUUUGGGUUGGCGAUCUUAUCAAGGAUACAUGUGAUGGCUACUGGCUGAUCAAGAAAUUUUUUUCUGCGGGAGAAACAAUUACAGAAGAAGGCCAUUCAGUAAAGCGUGUCUUUGCUGAGGCAGUUCCAGUAAUCUGUAACGAAUUUGGUAGAAGUGGUGAUAUGCCAUUCUUGUCUGGUGCGAACACCAACUUUGCUAUUGUCAAUUCAACUGUUAUGCUCCCUUUGAAUGAUAUUGUUGCUACUGUUCCUAAGGCUCCCAACUUCCAAGGGUCAGGCUGCACUGUCAAAUACAAUCAAGGCCGUUUUGAUCUGAUUCGUUAUGGUAUUGAUGAUGAACUGUCUCGCCUCUGGUUCGGCACAAACUUCGCCAAUCGUUAUAAGCGUCUUGUCCCUGGCUCUCCACUCAACAGCCCAAAAUUUCUGAAGUUCGUUGUUGCUCCUAUCAUUCUUUGGUCUGAUGACACAUCUGACAAGAACCUGCAAGCGGUUGAUAUGUUGGGCGCAAUUGUGGAUGAUCUGUCCAAACUCGAACAAGGAAUUGAAGUGUAUUCUUAUGAUCACCAAGAAUAUGUCCUUCUCGUCGCUCCUUUGCUUUUGUUUAUGGCGGAUAACCCUCGACACUCACAAUUAGCUAUGCACAAAGGUACCAGCUCCAAGUUUCCCUGUCGCAAAUGUCUCCGACCAAAAGCAACAAACCUGUCAGACAUUCUUCGCUCUGAUCCAGACACCUUAGAGCCUUACAUCUUACACAGGUAUGAUGGAAGAACAUUAGCACAAUUGAAGGAUGUAAUUCGGUGUCAAGAAGAAGACAAGCCAAGAUACAAAACCUACACUGAUAUUUUCAGUUUUUCUGUAAAUGGUAGUGAAGAGUUUUUACGUCUCCACUCGUUCGACCCCACAUUGGAUUCUCCUGUCGAAGUACUUUAUACUGUUCCUCUUGGGUGUAUCAAAUACCUUGUAGAUUAUUUGAUUAAGCAGAUACUAUCCGUUGCAGAGCGAGAGCGUCUUGGUAAUGCUAUUUCGAAUGGAAGAAACAACCAGGCAUACUCCAGAACAUUUAGAAACAAUCUUCGCCAUUGUGGUUCAUUCGUUGGAAGAGAUUACAAGCAAUUGAUUCAAGUACUGCCUAUCAUUAUGCGCAAGGUAUUUCCAAAUCCAAACACGCUUCUGAAGCUUUUUACGCAAGCAUUUGCAAGUCUUGGUCAGUUAUGCUCUUUGAUCUAUAUGCGAAACGUUGAUUGUCGAUUUGAAGAAUACAAAAAAAUGUUUAGUAAUGCUACUAUAGUCUUCACUAAUGACCUGUACUGUCUAGAUGAUUACCUGGUCAAGAACAAAGAUAAUGCACCCAUGUUUUCUUUGAGACCAAAGGUACAUAUGUUGCAUCAUUUACUGGACGACAUCAAACGGUUUGGAUGCCCUCUUCAAUACGAGACUGAAAGUUCUGAACAGUUCAACAAGUUUAUCCGUGAGCAUCUUUUCAUGACGAAUAGGUUAUAUACGUCUCGCGAUGUUGCAUUUCGUUUUGGAAAACAAUUUAUCUGUCGUCAGAAGCAUUUCUUUGGUGCUAGAGAGAACGUUUCUGACAGCUACUAUAUUUUGAAGUCGAAGGUGGUCGCCAACCUGUCAGGCCUGUUCGAGACCAACAGUGGCUUGAUGUUAGGUCAAAUUGAAACCGAUGACGAUGGCGAUUUGAUCCUACGUCGAUACAAAUUUGCACGCAACGUUGCUGGUUCUUCUUCCUCUUGGUUGCCAGGUACACUGUCGGAUGCAGAGGCUAAUGUCUUCAUUAGACCUCAUUCUACUGUUGCUGUCGAUGAUUCCUUUUCGUGUAAAGAAGUAAUGGACAUAAGCUUCGUCUUUAAUGCAGCUGCUGACAUUAGUGUCAUUAAUGUGUCUAAGUUCGGCUCUUUCUGGUCUGUCGUUUGCAAUCAUGCCUCCAUAUAA